AAUGGGAGGGCUCACCUCGCUUGACAAGACGCGAGGCACGUGAUGCGAUGAAAGGGAGGGGCAGGUCACAUGACUUCAGCAUCUUCUCAGUCUUGGAGCUGGAGUCUUCCGCCGACUUAAAGAGGCCCUCCUGAUGUGUACUGUGUGGUCGCGUGGCUGCCAGGCUACCUUUCAGGGUCAGUGAGCGAACUUAUACCAAAUGCUCCCGUAAAUGCCAUGCGAAGGGGGAGUGGGACUCAGGCCCUCCGCUCCUCGAGCACACGGUCACCGUGUACAAACACUGGACCCAGAUGCCCAGCACCAAGUUGGAAGACACAUAAAGACUGUAGCCCCCAACGGAGUUCUCAACCUGUACUGGGGAUGGGAGACUUACUGGAAGAAGAGCUCUUAUUCCUUCAUAAGCCAAAGAGGAGCAGAGCUCAAUCCUGGAAGAGAGGCCACCUGGCAGUCUUUGCCCUCAGGCAUUUCUCUGCAAUCUUGCUUGCCUUUUUACAUCAACUCUAGUAAUCCUAAUUCACAAAGCUAUCAGUGCUUUUCUUAGAACCAUCCCAUAUCUUCCCUUGGACCCUGAACACUGGUCAUUCAACAAGUCUGUUAUUCAACAUCUUGCAGCGCCUGAUACCUGCCUCCCUUUUCAGCACUGGGGUCGUGGGGGUUAAUGGUAAUGGUGGUGGUGGUGCAGGGGUUGUAAGUAUUUAUUUGCAGUUUCCUGAUUGACCUCCUGGACUUUCCACAUGUUGGCACACCGCCUCCCCACGAGGUCUGCCUUCAGGCCUGAAUACAAACAAUAUCCUCCUGAUUGCCAUUUCUGACUCCAUUCUUUGGGCAUCCCCAACUCCCUGUGCUUAAUCCCUAUUCCACGUAGCUCCAUUCAUUUAUCAAAUCAAGUAAUUACUGUCUGUGAUGUGCCACACACUGCUCUGUCUAGAUACACAGAAGUUCACAGAACAGCCUAAAGUCCCCAUAUCCGUGAAGAAUUGCAUUAUGCUUUAUUCUGUUUCUGGAUCAGUCUCUUCCGCUAAAUUUGGAGUUCCUGGAGGAAUGAGACAAGAUCUGACUCCUGUGACCCACACCCUGGCAAUUGCUUAAACAAAACUUGAAUUUUGAAUUGAGUAAAUUACAGCCUCCCAUUUCCUUGGCUCACACCAUGCCCCCAUAUUCUGAUACAAGGAGUUGGAGGAGAGGUCACCAAACCCAGUAGCUGUCAUCAUCCCUCAAAUCAAGACCUUGGGGUUCUGUAAAUUUAGGGCUCAUGAAGGGUAGGAGUCAGCCCCACCUUGUUCCUGCAGUUAGUAACUUGAACCACAUGUCUCAGGUAACAGCAGCAGCUUCUGCAUCAAUAAUUGAGAGCAAGUCCAGCCGGCUUCAGAGUUCUCUGGCCCUGAGGCCUCCCCCUCCUGUUCUAGGCUCUGAUCUUCCCCAAGCAGAAGUCUCCAGCACAGAGCCCUGGUAGGGACUAUGUCCCCCGCCAUUGCACUGGCCUUCCUGCCACUGGUGGUGACAUUGCUGGUGCGGUACCGUCACUACUUCCGACUGCUGGUGCGUAUGGUCUUGCUGCGGAGCCUCCGAGACUGCCUGUCAGGGCUGCAGAUUGAGGAACGGGCCUUCAGCUAUGUGCUCACUCAUGCCCUGCCUGGAGACCCCAGUCAUAUCCUCACCACCCUGGACCAUUGGAGCAGCCACUGCGAGUACCUGGGCCACAUGGGGCCUGUCAAAGGUCAGAUCCUGAUGCGGCUGGUGGAGGAGAAGGCUCCUGCUUGCGUGCUGGAGCUGGGCACCCACUGUGGGUACUCCACGUUGCUUAUUGCCCGUGCCCUGCCCCCUGGGGGCCGCCUUCUCACUGUGGAGUGGAACCCACGCACCGCAGCAGUGGCUGAAAAACUCAUCCGCCUGGCUGGCUUCGACGAGCGCACGGUGGAGCUCAUCGUGAGUAGCUCAGAGGAGGUGAUCCCACACCUACGAACCCAGUACCAGCUGAGUCAGGUAGACUUGGUGCUCCUGGCACACCGGCCCCGACGUUACCUGCGAGACCUGCAGCUUUUGGAGGCCCAUGCCCUGCUGCCAGCUGGUGCCACUGUACUGGCUGACCACGCGCUGUUCCCCGGUGCACCUCGCUUCCUGCAAUAUGCCAAGAGCUGUGGCCGCUACCGCUGCCGCCUCCACCACACUGGCCUCCCAGACUUCCCUGCCAUCAAGGACGGCAUAGCCCAGCUCACCUAUGUAGGGCCUGGCUGAGGUCCAGGCCCAGGGGCACUUACUGCUGCCUCUCCACCCCCACCGAAGCAAGGACCUCAGAACAUCCAUUCUUCUCCCUGCUUGUGGCCUGACACAUGCUGGACUCAGGGCUGGGGAGGCUGUCCUCCAACCUCUACCCCACUCCAGUUCUACACUGACCUGAGACAUCAAGUUCUAUCAGGAUGCUUGGUUCCAUUGCCCCCCUCCUUCCAGAGAGCCAUGGGUUGACAGGCAAGAGACCUGGGCUCCCAACCCAACUCUAUCACUGAUUUUCUGGGUGACUCCAAGGGAGUCCCUGUGCUGCCUGAAGAUUUAAUCUCUCUUAACACCACGGAAGCUAGCUGGAAAAUCUCCAGGGGCCUCCUAGCUCUAGGCCUCAGAAGCCUUCCCUCCUCAGCCCAUGCAAUUCCAGUUAGGAUCAGAGGAAACAGUAAACAUUGAGUUAGAGGAUCUGAAGGAAUGGGUACAAGCUGAGCCAGAGAAAAUGGUAAUGGAGGCUGGGCCCAGGGCCAGGGCCACCUCUAGCCCUGGACAACAUGAUCCAGUAGGCUUGCCUGAAGUCCCUUGUAUGCCCUCUCCCUGAAGCUCAAGAGAAGAUGCUGGAUUCCUCUGGGCCCGACCAACAAUUAGGGAAUAGACACGGGGAAAAAAAUAAAAUCAUUCCUGUGUCUUUAUUAAAGGGAGUUAGAAAGAGACUAUACCUGGCAACCAAGGGGUGAGGUAAUGGGCGGAAAGGUGGGGUGGGCUCAGGCCCUGGAGACUCAAGGGCAAAGUGAUGGCCCAGGAGGAGCCAAGGAGACCAGUUCUUGGCAGCAGCUGAAGAGAUACCCAAGGGUGAGCUUUCAGGCACUGGGGCAAUCAGCUGGUUCUGCAGGGGGUGCAGGGUAAGUUGGGCUGGCCUGGAAUUUGCCUGAGGCCACCCUGCCUUGUCUACCUAGAUCAUCCACUGGUCCUGAUCCUGUUCGUUGCCUUCCAUGUCCACCUGGAGAGAAGGCUAGGUGUGGGUGGGGAGGGGCCUCAGCCACCCAGCCGGCUGUAGUCCCAGAUCCUGCCCCUGGUUGGAUCCAGAGUCUCUGAAUCCUUGGCCACCAGUUAGGUCACAGGCAGGGGCCCACCCCCACACCCCUGCCUACCUCAUUGACCUCUCCGUCAUCAGGUGACUCAUUGUAAUCAUUCAUCUCAUCCAUGUCCUGCAUGUCCUCAUCAUCCUCUGAGUCCUCUUCACUAUCCUCGUCGUCAUCUUCAUCCUCCUCUUCCUCGUCGUCAUAGUGCUGGCGAGGCAGGGGAGAGCCUAUAGGCUCUAUAGGCUUGCCUGGACCACUUCAAGGGCUGGUCCACUUGGAGCCUUUCUCAGGGGCAGUGAGUGACCCUCUAUUCCCCAGACUUGCCCCCCGCCUUGAGUCUAGCAGACUGGUGCAUGUUUUGCAGGACCUUGGUGCUAGGUCCAAUGGCCACCCACUCUAGAUCCCCUUUAUGGCCUCUGCCUAGAGCUGAGGACCACAAUUGCUCUGGAGUCAGAGAUAGGACCUUCAGAAUUAGAGCAAAGCUUUAGUCCACCUGAGCCCCACAAAGCCCUACCCAUUGGAACCACUCACCUCCGAGGCCGGCUUGCCAAUGGGUACCAGAUUGUUGUCUUUCUCUGCGAUGCUCUGGAGCUGUGGCCAAAGGGGGAGAGGAGGGUCAGGGCCCAAGCAGGGCAUGUCAGGGGCAUGGGACUGGCCCACUCUGCCCCUAAGAAGAUACCCCCGCCCCCAAGUAUGGAGAAGCUUCCUCUCAGUUUCUAGAGAGUCAAUCCCUUUGUUUCUUGUCAUCUGCUACUUACUUAUAAACUGGAUCCAACUAAAUUCUCUGGGCCAUGGUUGCCCUAUGAGAUUACAGUGAGGGUAAAGUGAGAGACUGAUAGAGAAUAUGGCAUCUGCUACAUCCUCAAUACAGUCAAAAUUACUAUUUCCUAUGAGUUAGAGAAAAGAGCCUGGGCUCCCACCGUAAAUCAGUAGCAUAAAGACUGGACCCUAGGCCUCCUACCUCCCAGUUUGAUUAUUCCCAGCUCAGGGCAAAAAUCUCCUCCAGGAUCAUGGUCUGUGAAAAGCAGGGGAGGUCCCUGACUAAGGCUCCACCACUGUGCUAGGUCCUUACUCACCCAGGCCUGAUGCUGUUGCUCUUGCUGCUGCAGCUCCGUCUCCUCCACACAGGGUCGAUCCAGAUUAAACCACAGUGUCUCAGUCACACGGGGGAAGAGUGAGGGAAACAAGGUGGACAUGGCUCCUAGACUGAGGUAAAGGGCCAGGUGAAUCCAGAUCAGAAGUAUUUGAUUUCAGUUAUUUGGUUAGUCUGAUUUGGGGAUGGGGUGGAGUAGAAGGUAGGGGGAAAUAGCUCUUCCUUGUGGGAAUCAGACAGACCUGGGUUUGAGUCCUGGCUCCACCACUUACUAGCUGUUUGACCUCGGCCAAGUCACUUAACCUCUCUGAGCCUCAGUUUCCUCAUCUGUAAAAUGGGGGAUAACAGUUAUACCCACCCUCAUAAUUAUUCUGAUAAUUAAUUUACUUUGUGGAGAAGUAAAGCUGUUUGCAAGGUAUUCAAGGAGUGGAAAAUGGAAGCCAACAUGUAGAGCUAUGAAUCCAGAAUGCAGACUGGCGUUACAAAAUUAAACAAAAUUAGAGGUAGCAGGGCUCCACUGACACUAUCUUUACCUCCUCCAAACAUGAAGACCUACUUUUUGCCCUUUUAUGAGAAUCCAUUCCAUUCUUACUCCACGUCAGAAAUUUAGGGCACUAACCACCUCUCUAUGAACCACAACCAAACUGGGGUGGGGAUGGGCUACCACGUGCAAUAUGGUUCAGAAAGGCAUUCUAAAGGCAUGAGUAAGUGCAUACAUUAGUAAAUGUUAGGCUGAAUGAACUAACGUGAGAGAAUACGUAAAUUCAGCACAGAUUAAGUAGCUGAGGGAGCGGACCAGAAAGGUCCCAGAGAAUCUGAAUUAAAACCUUUCAGUUCACAGGAAAAUGGAGGCCCUGGGACAAGCAACACUGUCUCUAGGUCACACAGUGAGGUGGGGCAUAGAAUUCCUACGGGAAAGAAAUCGAGGCCAGGCACUAGAAGAGAUGAGCAGGAGAAAAGGACCUACGUCUAGUUCUACUUUUGCCCUGAUUCAUUUGACUGAUCCUGCGCCAGCCGCUGUCCUUUAGUAAACCUCAGCUUCCCGGCCCGUGUCACUGACACAACACCCAUCCUCAACGGCCAGUAAGUACGAGGCGAGAGACCGAGGCUCCGAAAGGCCACCCCUCGCGGAAAAGCCACCGCCCAUUCUUCGCUUAUUAUGAAAAUGACCGCGGGGUGGCCCAACAAGAAGAAUGCAGGGGCGGGGUUCGAACAGGCAUUUGCCCUUUAUAGGGUUGCUAAUCGCAAAAGCAGCGGGGCCUGAAUACGGCCAAUUAACUGGAAGAACUGCUGGAUGACAGAAAGUGACACCAAUGAGUGACGGAUCUUGUGCGACGGGGUGGAGCUUAGCCUCGAGGAAGCGGCCAAUGAGCUGGAGCUCUUUACUGUUAAGAGUGUGGGCACGGAACUCCUGAAGAGCCAGGUCAGGGCGACGGGGUUUCUCCGAGGGAGGAAGAAGAGAAGGGGCAGAGAGACAGCAGCCUCAGCCUGGCUUCCGUACUUACCGCGCCGGGAGGUGGCAGCCGGCAGCGACCCGGAAGCACUUCUCUCUGCCUGAGCGGAAGGGCCCACCAGAACCGGGGAAGCACCAACGCAUGCGCCUUCGCUCUCCUUUUGUUUCUCGUUCCCGCCCUCCACACCGGAUGUGACGCUCUACACCUUAGUCACGUCGUUAAGGUUGGAAAUUUGCCUACUCUUUGGCCCCUCCUUGAGCCUCCGCCGAGGGGCCUCUCCAGUCUGGCCCCGCCCCUCCGUGUUUAGCCUGGCUGUGCUUGCGAACGCCUACUGAAAACUAGCAGCGAUCUGUUUUAGUAGUAGGACUGUUCGUCCUAGGAAAAUUUGUCCACUUUUACCCCAGAAUUGCUGAGUGACAUUACACCUCAUCUGCCUUCCCAUUCUCACCCUAAGUUUCUUGUUGGGGCGCAUGCUUUAUUUAUGUACGACUUCAACAGAAAUAGUUGAGUCCUGGGGCACCUGGGUGGCUCAGUUGGUUGAGCAUCCAACUUUGGCUCGGGUCAUGAUCUCACUUGGAGGGUUGGAGCUGCGGGACCGGCUCUGUGCUGGCAGUGCGGAGCCUGCUUAGGAGUCCCUCUCUUACCCUCUUUCUCUGCCCCUCCCCCACUCGUGUGGGGGGGGGGUGGGGAGGUGUGGGCGUGAGUGUGUGGGCGUGUAUGUGUUUGCGUGCACUCUCUCAAAAUACAUAAACUUAAAAAAAUAGUUGAGUCCAUACUAUAUUCCAGACUCUGCUAGAAGCUGGGGAAAAUCUAGGAACAUGGUCCCUGCCCCCAGUAGACCUCACACUCCAGUGGAAAAGCCAGACUCUGCAGACCCGCAGGGGACUCACAGGUUUCUUAAGAUCGCCCGUCCAGUUCCAGUUCUGCAUUUGAAAUCAUGUAUGGGUUUGAAUGGGUUUGAGUGACUAGUCAGCUUCAGGCACUGUUUUUGGGGAAUUCAGCUGCCCUCUCCAGGCCUGGGCUAAAUACAUUAGUGGUCAGCCUCGUCAUCUCUCCCACUCCUUCCCUGAUGCUUCUGUUCCAGUAACCUCUGACUCAGCCUCCGCUUCAGAGAUCAUGCCUUCUGACAACGGCAGUCCUUCAAACCCAACCCCCAUUAAGCUCCAUCACCCACCAGCCUCUUCUAGAGCUAGCAUUCAUCCACAGUUCUACUCCUGACCACACCAGAUGUGUGAAGUUUAACAAGUCGUUUUCCCCACCUGGAUUUAGUUUUGUCUUCAACCAGCUUCGGAAACUAUGCAGCCUUCCUCCUAUCCUGGACUGAUGUGAGGAUUUGACGAGACUACAUGUUUAAGUCGUAGUGUACUGUGUACGUUAACGUGAUUAUGUUUCCAAGCAGCUCUAGUUGUUACAAAGUUUUCAUUAAAGAGUAAAUUUUGCCUCUUG